GACGCGCCGACACCGGUAGAAGGCGGUUGGAGAGGAACAUGUCGCACUUGAUCACUGAUGAAUGGCGCGCUGUGGGCGGAGGCAGGACUCGGUUUACGCUUGGCAUGUGCACGUCGUUGCGCCUCUGCCUGAUCGCUGGAUGCUGGACGCGACGAUGCGCCAAAGAAGCGGUAACGCGACGAGGAGCGUGUGUGGGCUAUCUUGUCUGGCAUUGUCUUUCUUUUUGGUGCAUGGAGGGCACUGGUCUAUACUGUGAUGCUCAUGCCACGCUCUGUCUCUUUUCUCCCCUCUAGGCCCUUGGCUGUCCUGGACAGAGUGCUGGACCACUGCUGGUCUUUUGUGCUCUUGGUCGUCUGAUGUCAGUGCACGUGAAACAAGCAACGAGGACGCCAAGACUCAAGCCCCCAGUCAGGCCUUUACGUACACAAGGACCCAAGACUACACAGUAGGUCGGACUAGGCGAACAUGAAGCUCACUACUGCAUUCCUCCUUGGAACAGCUUCCGCCUUCCUCGUCCGCACAAAGUUGGAUGAAAAGGCCAGCAAAUUGACAGAGACCGCGCAGGCAUUUGUCGAAGAUGCCGAGUCAAUUGUUUUUAAGCACACCCAGAAUGCCAAGGAUGCCGUGGACGAAGCUCUCCAGAUGUCUGGGGGGCAUUCUGCUGGAGAUUGGUUCAAGUCUCUGAAGGGGAGUAAGGCGGGUCGCGCUUGGUUUGACAAGCGAACGCGUGGGGAUGAGAUCCGAUCAGGGCCGUGUGGUAGGAUGCGCAAGGCAUUGGACCAAGAGCAUCCUCGUCCGCCGCCUCCUCUUCAUGGUCCAGGUGGGCCUGAAGAGCACCCUCAUCCACCUCCUCCUCAUCACGGCCCACACGGACCGGAUGGACCUGGCGAGGGCCCUCAUCCACCACCUCCUCAUCAUGGUCCGCCUCACGGCCCUCCAGGAGAGCACCCUCAUCCACCACCACCAGGCCACCAUAACCCCCAUGACCAGCGUGACAAGACACUCUACCAAAUUUUGGAGGAGUCCAAGUACUUCACCAUUCUGCACGAUAUUGUAAAGUCUGACAAGCAUAUUGUCGCAGAGCUGAACAAGACUGCUGCAAAUUUGACCCUCUUCGCGCCCACCGAUCGCGCCCUCGAGAAGUUUGAGAAGCACAAGCUUCCUGCAGAGUACCUGAAGAAGAUCUUGCUCUACCACACUUUGCCGACUGUCGUUCCGGCAGGUGGCGUGCUACGGGCCAAGACACUUGAAACGCUCUACAAGGAAGACACCAUCGGUCAACACCAGCGUCUUGCCGUCGACAUCAACUUGCGUGGCAUUACUUUGAACUACUACGCACGCAUCAUCUACGUUGACGUCUUUGCCAACAACGGUGUCCUCCAUGCUGUUGACAACUUGCUCUUCCCACCUCCAUCAAUCCUCCAAAUUGCAGAACUCGUACCAGCAGGAUUCAGCACUUUCGUCAACGCUGCGUACAAGACAGGUGUAGUAGACACUCUGAACGAGACUGUUGGUGCCACAGUAUUCGCUCCUUCCAACCGUGGUUUCGCAAAGCUUGGUCCUGGUAUCAAUGCCUACCUCUUCUCCGACCGUGGCAAGGCGACACUCACAAAGUUGCUCAAGUACCACGUGGUGCCCAACACGCUCUUCUACUCUGACCACGUUGUCCAAAAUGACAAGGAAGAGGCAGACUCCAUCAAGCGUGACGAAGCACGCAGCCGUGGUCUCGUGCAGCACUAUGAAUUCUCCACCCUUGUUGAGAAUGAGAAAGUACUGGUGGACGUCGGUGAGUGGGGACGCUUCAAACGCAUUGUCUUCAAUGGGCGCAUCAUUGGCGUUUCAGAUAUUCCUGCCAAGAAUGGUGUCUUGUCCAAAAUUGAUAAUGUCAUCUUGCCUUAUAAGCGUGGCAUGAAUAUGCAAGUCAGCGACAUGUCUGUUGAGGAGUUUGAAGACUUGUUCAAUGAUGAUGAGGAUGAGGAUAUGCCGACUGUGGAAGAUCUCAAGGAUUUACUUUGAGAUACAGCCUGCCAAUGACUAGGGUUUGCGAACGCGUUGAUCUAUGAUAUUUAUGCAGUGGUAUAGUUGGAACAAUUUGACGAAUUGACUCAUCAGUAUUUGCUUGCAGAUUAGCAGAGCUUCUCUGUAACUAGCUAGUAUCAGAGUUUCGACCGUCUCAUACGCCGACCCUCUGGUGAAUUGCGAUUGUCACGUUAUGUAGAGGGGUAAUUGACUGCACACUAAUAUCUGUGCUGUUUCACGUCUGUGGUCCCUGAAUGCUGACCGACGGUGUUCAGGGCGAAAGCCAUUGACUCAUUGCCCUUUCGCCGCAAGGGCUUCGAGGUCCAUGGCGGCACGCUCCUUCAUCUCCAAAGGUAUGAGCACAAAGUAAAUGAACCACGCCAUUCCCAAGACGAAUGCCAAUACAAGCGAUCCAACAACUUUCCAAGAAAGCAGCGGUUU